CGACAAAACCAACCAGGUAGAUUGUGUGAAAAAGCAUGACCCCAUGUGGGGUUGGUCCUGCUGUCCUUUUAAAGACAUGAAUGGGUCAGAUCAGCCGUGCGUUCAUUACCGAAAACGUUCGCCAUAUGAUAUAAUUCCCAUCGCGAACUACUUGUUGAACGAUUCGUCCGCGUCAAACUAUUUCAAGAUGGCGGACAUUGACGAUAUAACAGCUUUACUGAUAGACGAAUUUACAAAUGAUGACUUAUUUGAACAAGCCAUUCGUAAUCAGAACAUAAUUACUUAUGUUCCACUCACUAUUGCUGGUCUUUCUGAAUUAGCAGUGGAGAGAGAGGAUUCAGCAAGAAUUGAGGGGUAUGUGGAGGAAAUUAUUCCCCUGUAUUCAAGCAUUGACUUCAAGUCACACUUCCGUAUGAAUCGGAGCACCUUUGAGGAACUUUGCACAAAAAUGGCUCCAUUAAUGAUCAGAGAGAGGGCACUAACUGUAGAGAAAAAGCUUCUAGCAACACUGUGGAUCCUGGCAAAUCCAGAGAGUUAUAGAAGUGUUGCUGAUAGAUUUGGAGUGAGUAAAGGUACAUUACAUCUCAUAGUAAUAUCUUCUUGUCACUCUCUGACUGAGUUGAUGGAAGAAUUUAUCUAUUUUCCUACAACAAGAUCUGAGAUGGCAACCAUUGCAGACGGCUUCAAACAGCGUUGUGGAAUGCCAGGGGUUGUCGGAGCUGUAGAUGGGACUCAUAUCCCCAUACCAGCUCCUAGGUCUGUUCAUCGGGCAUCAUUUAUAAACAGAAAAGGCCACUCAAGUAUGAUUCUACAGCUUGUAUGUGACAGUAAGUUGAGGUUUUUAGAUGUAUAUACAGGGUGGCCUGGGUCAGUUCAUGAUGCCAGAGUAUUCAGAAAUAGCCCUAUAGCCUCCAGGAUUGAAGACUUACCAGACGAAUUUCAUCUUCUUGGUGAUUCAGCAUACCCUAUCAGCAAGGGUAUGAUGGUUCCAUUUCGGGAUAAUGGCCACCUAGACAAUGUUCAGAAGAAAUUCAAUUCAUGUCAUUCUUCUACAAGAGUAGAUGUGGAAAGAGCUAUAGGGCUUUUGAAGUGCAAAUUUAGACGACUGAAACAUCUCGAGAUGCAUCUUGAACAAGAAAUUCCAACAGUGAUUGUAAGUUGUUGUAUUUUACAUAACUUCAUUUUGAAGUUUGAGACUGUUGACUUUGAUGAAUUACUUUCUUCCGACAAUGAUACAGCAACAGACGUUCAGUUAGAUGGAGGACAACAGCAGGGAAGUAUAGCUGGAGAGGAUAAGAGAAUGGCCAUAGCCUUAUCACUGUAGUUUGCUUCUAGUAUAAUGGUACUUGUGUAUAUGCCUAAUGACAAAAUUGUUACUACCACGCAAACUUACAGGACAUUUAUUUGAUUAGCAUGUGACAAAAUACUGAAACAGUUUUCUUCAGAAUAAAAUUAGUGUUCUAGAUACUCUAGUCAGAAUGUUAAUUUACCACUGGUAUUUUUUGAGUACCGGCAUCAUGACUUUGUUUCAUUUGUAAUUUUUACCUGCUGAUAAAGUGGGGUGUGGUGGGUAAUUUAGCGAUGACAGUAAAACUUCUAGUUUAAGAAUGAAAAUAGAAAUGAUCAAUGUGAUACUUUAUAUAUGAGAUUGUUUGUACUUUUGUUUAUUAUUUCCAGGACAUGGGACAGGACAAGUUUGUAAGCAACUGCUUAAAUAUUUACAGGGGUAAAGGUUUUCUGGAUUGUGUCUUAUUUCAGGAUUUUCAGCCUCAGUCUGGACUGUUUUUAGCUCACCUGAGCACGAAGUGCUCAAAGGUGAGCUUUUGUCAUCACUCUGCGUCCGUCGUGCGUCGUGCGUCCUUCAAAAAAUGGCGUCAAACUUUUCAAACAACAUCUCCUCCUAAACUACAUGGCCAAUUGCAACCAAACUUUACAGAAAUGAUCCUUAGGUGGACCCCUUUCAAAGUUGUUCAAAAAUUUAAAUUCCAUUAAAAACUCUGGUUGCCAUGGCAACCAAUAAGAAAAACUUAAAAAAUCUUCU